AUUAGCGCCGCACAAGCCUGCUGCCUGAGAGUGUUUUGUCGUUCUGCCCCGUUUCUUUACAUUGAUCUUUUUUUGUGUGUGUCUUUGCAGCAUAACUCGAGGAUGUGGUGGACACCAACAAGGGGAAAAGGAGGUCAAAGUGCAUUCUGACAGCAGACUUUAAAAAAAAGGAGCUGCAGAUGACGGCGGGAGUUCGGGAUGGCGUCUGGAAUAAUGAGAUGAUCAUGGAAAUAAUCUAAUGCUUUUGAAGGGGUGUAAGCGACAACUUGAUUUACAUCUGAGAGGGUCAUCUGAUUCCAGAGAGCCGAUGGUGACCACCGCUCUCUGAAAGAGAAAAUGGAACCAGAGCCUUGUUCUGAGGAGCACAAGGUGGUGGACCAUCAGAUGAGAGACGUCACAGGGGAGCUCGCAGACCACGUCGUACACGGCGAGCUGCCCUGUGGUUCCGCCGAGGGAUGCGAGGAGCUGCGUACCAGCAACGUGGAGCAUGAAGAAGACAGUAAGAACACAGAGAACACAUCCUCUACUGAUCCUGAAGGAAAAGGCACGAGGACGCCAAGAUGCCAAGAACGGGCAAAGCUGAAAAAGACAAACAGCUGGAAGAUGGUGCGAUUCCAAGAUCCGUCCUUGGAGGAUGAAGUGCUGGAAAGGGACAGCUCAGGGGAGAGUCUCUUUCCAGAAUAUGCCCUGGAGGAGUGGACCACGACGUCCUUUGAGGAGCUGUUCAUGAAAGAAGACUGGAAGGACAUAACAGAUGACCGACUCUUGAGGAAGAAGGUGCUGGAGCUGGCAACACCCGACGCCCAGAGGCCCACCUGGGGCCAGGAAAUCACAGUGAAGAUGCAGGGUGUCUUGGAGGACCGUACUGUGGUGGAGAAGGACUGCAAGUUGGUGUUUGUUAUUGGUGAAGGAGACACAAACCAGGCGCUGGAGGAGUGUGUGCUGUCCAUGCACAGGGGCGAGAUCACAUUACUGCUGGCAGAUUCACAGUACACAUAUGGGCUUCUGGGAAGGGAGCCUGACAUCCCGGCCUGGGCGCCUCUGCUCUACCAGCUGCAGCUGCUGGACGUCAGAGACAAACCAGACCCGUUAAAUUUGCUCGUAUCAGAUCGCAUCCGGAUCGGCAACCAGAAGCGAGAACGAGGGAACUUUCAUUUCCAGAGGGAGGAGUACAGCAUGGCUGCACGGGCGUACUGCAUGGCUCUGGAUGUGCUGACCACCUGCAGCACAGGUGGCGGCGUGAAGCAGGAGGAGGACCAGGAGGUGCACGACUACAGAGUCAAGUGUUUGAACAACUUGGCCACGGCUCAGCUCAGACUGGAGCAGAGCACCAAGGCGCUCAGCACCAGCAGAGACGUUCUGGCCCUCGAUUCCAACAACGUCAAGGCCCUCUUCAGGGCGGGAAAGAUUCUAUCCGACAUGAGAAAAUACACAGAGGCCAUGGAGCUGCUCAAGAAGGCCUUGAAACUGGAGCCCACCACCAAGGCCAUCCAUGCAGAGUUGUCCAAACUGGUGCAGAGGCAGUCAGGAGGCAAAGCCACGCGGGAAUGGAAAGUGAAACCCGCAGAGGUGCUGGGAGACAACAUUGCACCUUUUGUGCUUCCCUCCAAGAAGCAAACAUCAGGGAUCUCCUGGAAGUUGAUUCUUGGAGCUCUGGUGGUGGCUUUGGGCAGCCUAGUGACGUCACUCGUCCUCACUGCAAGCAACUGAUUUUCAUCAUCCUCUUUCCUCUGUAUUAUAUACAAACAAUUACCAGCCACAACAUUAGGUACACCUGCACUAUAUGUAUCAUGUUUUAGCUGGUGAAUAAAUGUAUAAGUGAUAUGGAAACCAACGUCAAUUAAUUACCAUUCUAGAACCUUCUUUGUGGUUUUGUUAGAAUAAUGUAAAGUUUUUUGUUUUUUUUUGCUAAAAUAGAAAAUGGGGGAAAAAAAUGAUUGAAAACAAAUACUUAAUAAAAGUGCUCGACAAG